GGGAUUACGGCUUGGUUUCACAUCUCUGUAAGGAACUCUCUCUCUGUAACGAAAUUAGCUCACUAAUUUGUAACAAAACAAUAAUUAAUCUCCAAUUAGUGGCUAUAAUACAGCACGGAAUAGUGGAAAUUCAAAUAGAGCUAUACGUCUACAACAUUUGAUCUUGAAGGGCAUUUUUAUUUGUAAUAUUCAAAUAUUUACUGUGGAACUUUGGGUAAACGUCAGGUGUGCAUAGCAUUAAUUUGUUGCAGACUGAGUUGGGUUGGGGAGCGCUUUGGUGCUUGUGUCUCUCUCCAGCACGGUUUAAAAUGACCGGGUCUCUUCCCAGCUUGUGAUUGGUCCAUGAGAAUCCUACCUACGCGCAAACAAAGUAACUGAACGUUGUAUGGGAGUGAUGGUACUCGGGGAAUUCAGACAUAACUUUGCAGAAGGAGAACAAACCCGCUUCUGAAAAAAUAUCCAACGGGUUCCACAUUUAUUGCCUGAAGUUAAAGGUUCUAAAUGUUUAUCAGAAUGAAGAAAUCUGAAGACAGUGGCAGUAAAGUAUCAUUUACCUCAGUUUCCAAUUUUACUAUUCAGUCAAUUCUUGGAACUGUGUCCGAGGACGCGCACAAGGACAGUUGUAAUUCUAGUUCCGACGCGGGGCUGCUGCAGAGACAACGCAUGCGCUCCGUGUCUUCAGAAGGAUUCAGCGGCGGGGAGGAUUCUACAGACUUCUACCCUUUACCCGGAGGAAAGAAACCACGCAAUGACCUCAACGAUCUCACACUUUCUUGUCUAAGUGACAAAAACAGACUAAUUCUGGGGCAAGAGAUGGUGAAGAGACAUCAACUUUUUCAUGAUUAUAAAGAAGGUGACCAGAGAUACUACAACCAAACAUCACCUGCUAUUUCAGAAGAAAAGGGUCAUAUUGACGACGACGAAACAUCCAACUCGUCCAGAAAGAAGUCUCGGACCGUAUUCUCGCGGAGUCAGGUUUACCAACUAGAAUCGACGUUUGACAUGAAACGUUACCUUAGCAGUACAGAACGAGCUAGUCUCGCCUCCAGUCUCCAGUUGACAGAGAUACAGGUGAAAACUUGGUUCCAGAAUCGGAGGAACAAGUGGAAACGUCUGUUUUCUGCGGAGAUAGAAGCGGUGAACAUGGCUCACGCAUCAUCCGCACAAACUCUGGUUGGGAUGCCGUUCUUCUUCAAAGAGAAUUUCCGGAUACGGAUUCCUGUCCCUGGAUCAAUGACUUUCCCUACACCUCUAUGUUAUCCCGGGAGCAACAUGCAAGCUUUACCUUUGUACAAUUUUUAUAAUAAAAUUGAAUAGAAUGAUUGCCA